ACCUGAAGACAUGAGGCUUCUCUGUCUUCUUCAGUUGGUCACUUUGGCUGCCUGUAGUGGUUCCAGAUCCAGAGACUGGGCUCAUCAUGGCGCCCCCAUGUUUGCUGACCUCACAGUGCGUGAGUUGAAAGCUGUCCGUGCCUACAUGCACGGUAUUCCAGAGCUGGAGCUCACAAACGCUCGUAGCAAUACCCUGAAGAAGAACAGCAUCCUAAUGAUAGAACUCCAUCUACCAAGGAAGCAUGAAGCCCUGAGAGCUCUAGACCGUGGACAGGCCAAACCCCUGCGUCAAGCUCGUGUGAUAGUCCAGUUUGGGAACCAUACUAAGCCCAACAUCACUGAGUACAUUGUAAGUCCUCUGCCAUCUCCAAACUCCCAUGAAGUCAAAUCGUUCAAGGGGAACAAGCCAAUCUCAUUUGAGUCAAGGCCCAUCACUGAGUCUGAAUAUUACCAUAUUGAGAGACUACUCGAGAAGAUUGCAACCAAAGCUCACAAGCUCCUGUUUGAGACCACAGGUGGGUUUUCUUUCACCAACUGCUCUGACCGCUGUUUGACGUUCUCAGACAUCGCCCCCCGUGGGCUGGGUCCAGGUGAGAGGAGGUCCUGGAUCAUGUUGCAGAAGUUUGUGGAGGGUUUUUUCAUCCACCCAGUUGGGUUUGAGGUGCUCAUCAACCACAAGGACGUGGAUCCAGAAAACUGGACUGUCGAGAAGGUCUGGUACAACAGCAUUUACUUUGACAGUAUUGAUGAACUGGUGGAAAAAUAUGAAUCAGGAGACGUGGAGAAAGUCAAACUGCCCGAACAUGACGACAGUGACCUCUACUCUACCUAUAUCCCAAGGGGUAAGAGCAACACUCCCUCUGAUAUCCAUGGUCCAAAGCUUGUUGAACCCCAAGGACCUCGCUAUUAUGUGGACCGAAAUUUUGUUGAGUAUGCUGGAUGGUCGUUUGCCUACCGAGUCCGUUCAUCAGCAGGGCUUCAAGUCUUUGACCUUCGUUUUAAUGGAGAAAGGAUUGCAUAUGAGAUCAGCCUCCAAGAAGCUAUUGCCUUCUACUCCGGUGAUACUCCUGCUGGCAUGCAAACGAAGUACAUUGAUGCUGGCUGGGCGAUGGGCGCGUCAAGUUAUGAGCUGGCACCUGGAAUUGACUGUCCAGAAAUUGCCCAUUUUGUUGAUCUAUACCACUUCUUUGACACGGACAAACCUCAACGCCACAGAAAUGCACUGUGUGUAUUCGAGAUGAACACUGCUAUGCCUCUAAGGAGACAUUUCGACUCAAACUAUAAGGGGGGAUACAACUUCUAUGGAGGGCUUGAAAACAAUGUGCUGGUGUUGCGGACGACAUCAACCGUAUACAACUAUGACUACAUCUGGGACUUCCUGUUCUACCAGAAUGGGGUAGUGGAGGUAAAAGUCAGCGCUACUGGAUACAUCCAUGCCACUUUCUUUACUCUGAAUGGACUUCACUAUGGUACCAAAGUUUACAACUAUGUGCUUGGUAACCUUCACACCCACCUCAUUCACUACAAAGUGGAUCUGGAUAUUGCUGGUCGGGAAAACAGCUUUGAGUCCAUAGAUCUGAAGUUGGUGAACUUCACAAACCCCUGGAGCCCAAAACAUUUCAUCGUCCAGUCUAAAAUCCAAAAAACGGAGCACAAGACUGAACGGUCAGCUGCUUUCCGCUUUGGCAAAAAGUUCCCACGGUAUGUGCACUUUUACAACCCCAAUGAGAAGAACAAAUGGGGACACGAGAAGGGCUAUCGGAUUCAGUUUAACUCGCAUGCCCACAGUGUCCUUCCAAGAGGCUGGAGAGAGGAAAAUGGUAUCAGUUGGUCAAGGUAUCCUCUGGCUGUGACUCGUCACAAAGAUAGUGAAGCCACCAGCAGCAGCAUGUACACCCAGAAUAACCCCUGGGACCCUGUUGUUUCCUUUGAGGACUACAUCAAGAACAAUGAAGACAUUGUCAACCAGGACCUGGUUGCCUGGGUGACGGUGGGGUUCCUGCAUGUGCCUCACUCAGAAGACAUCCCUAACACAGCAACACCCGGCAACGCGGUGGGUUUCUUCCUCCGACCCUUCAACUUCUUUGAUGAAGAUCCUUCACUGGCGUCCAAAAGCACAAUUAUUGUCAGGCAAGGGCCGGACGGCAGCCCCAAAGUCCAGCGAUGGACACCUGAGGUCAUCGGUCACUGUGUAACAGACAAGCCAUUUUUUUACAAUGGUACUUAUGCAGGAGUCUAGAGUUGUUGUUUUCUUACUGCUUGUUCUUUUUUUUUUAUUGGCUCGUAUAAAACUACUGUGUUCACUUUUUGUUUGCAAUCUUUGCUCUUUGCUGCUGUAACAAUGUAAAUUUCCCUGUUGUGGGAUAAAUAAAGGAUUAUCUUAUCUUAUAAGGCGCUUGGGUACAAAUAGUCAGAUUCUUUACUCUCAGAAAUCUGUUAGACGAGGGCAGAAACAGACUUCUUUUUUUCUUGCAAAAUAUUAUGGAUAAGUGAUGCAGAUACAAUUUUUGUUUUUUUGGAAAUGUUUAUAUAUGUCUUCAGGAAAAAAAAAAGCAUCUAUGAGAUCAGAAGUAUGACUUUGUCCACAGGGUGCGCCAAAAUCAACACAAACCCAAAGUUCCUCAAAAGAGCUUUAACAAGGGAGAAGUUGAUUGUUUUUCUUUUUUUAUAUAUUAAGUCUAUCACUACUUUUUUUUUUUUUUUUUCAGAAAUCGUUUUGACAUGUUUCCUGUGUCUCUUCAAUGUUUCCCAUACGAGAUAAACAUUGACCUCUAAACCAAGUCAUAUACAAAGUAAAUCCUUAUGUUGGUGGUCAAAUCAUACCACCGUGCUAAAUCAAACCAGAUAGUAACCUGACCAACGCAAGGGCGGUAAAGUGGGGGGGCUUUCUUUGGAACUUUGUAAUCCCAUGUUUGCGUCUCCAUGACUGAGGUUUAGCAGCAGCGAGCAUCCAGGAUGCAGGAUGCUCCGUAUCCGCCCUGCAUGUGGUAAACCUCUGGCUCUCAGCGUGCUCUGCUCGCCCCCGCUAUGGGAAUGUUUUUACUGGAAAGACAACAGGCCUUACAGAGCAAACAGCCUGAUUCUGAAUCCCUCCCCCCAAAUAGUCCAGGAUACCUCGUGCUGUUUCCCUUGGAAACCAAACUUUACAUACAAUGUGACACAAUGCAAUGAAUAUCAGCUGCACAUGUAACUACUUUGUCCUUUAUGUAAACAUUCCUUUAUAGCAAUGGUACUUAACAUUUUCUCAACCAAAAGAUAUUAAAAAGGCCAAAUAAAUCAAA